UUGCCAGUGCAUUCACCAGUGUUGAUCGACCGAGACUUGAGAUUCAAGAAACCAAUAAAUCGAUAGGUUUAUUUGGAAUAUACGCUUCAAGCCAACGCGCGUUACGCGUAAAAUGCGCACGUAACCGCUGGCUGAUUAUUGUCACGUUUGUUCAUCUUUGUUAACGUUUCAUCAGCGAGGAUUUUAAAAUGUCAAAAGAUCUGGAUAAAACUCCUUAUAUCGGCGAUGUGGACUCCGAUUCGCCGUCUUCUCCAUCAAUGUCCGACGAACAAGGCUCGCAGACCCAAACCGGUGCCGGUAACCCGGCGGACAGCGAGGAAGAUGCCCGCUUCCCCCCGUGCAUUCGAGACGCGGUGUCGCAGGUCUUCAAAGGCUAUGACUGGUCGCUGGUGCCGAUGCCUAUGCAGGGCCGCAGGUCUUUGAAAGACAAGCCUCAUGUGAAGAGACCCAUGAACGCGUUUAUGGUGUGGGCGCAGGCGGCGCGGAGGAAGCUCGCGGAUCAGUAUCCACAUCUCCACAACGCCGAGCUCAGCAAGACCCUCGGCAAGUUAUGGAGGCUGCUCUCUGAGAGCGAGAAACGACCGUUUGUGGAAGAGGCAGAGAGACUGCGGCUCCAGCACAAGAAAGACUAUCCGGAUUAUAAAUACCAGCCGCGGAGACGGAAGAGCCUGAAGCCGGGUCAGAGUGAACUGGACACGGGAGCUGAGAAGAACCCUCACGCCUCGCAUCAAGUGUACAAAGUGGAAGCGGGUAUGAGAGGGAUGCACCAUCAACAGGUCCAUGGUGCUCAACCUCACGGUCCUCCUACACCUCCAACCACCCCGAAGUCCGAUCAGCAUCAAAGCGCCAAACUGGAGUCCCGGCGUGCGUCGGAAAACACAAGACACAACAUCGACUUCAGCAACGUGGACAUCUCGGAGCUCAGCAGCGACGUCAUCGGCAGCAUGGGCCCGUUUGACGUGCAUGAGUUCGACCAGUACCUGCCGUUAAACGGCCACAUGGAGAACAACGGUGGGCCGCACUCCAGUCCCAGCUAUUUCAGCACAUCCUACCACCAUCAUCCUCACGGCAGCGCUUUGGCAUGGAACAAGGGGUCCGGGUCACAGUCUGCAUCCUCGCACAACGGCGCAAACCAACAAAGACCGCUCAUUAAAACAGAACAAUUGAGUCCUUCUCAUUACGGAGAGUCUCACGGGUCACCGACCCAAUCUGAACUGACCGACUGUCCAGACCUGCAGAACUCGACGUACUUCACCACAUUUUCUGGGUAUCCCGCUGGCAUUUAUCAAUAUCCGUACUUCCAUUCCUCCAGAAGAUCGUACGUGACUCCUGUUCUCAACAGCUUGUCGAGUUCGUCUCAUAGUCCCGGGGCGAGCUGGGAGCAGCCGGUUUACACGACUUUAACACGACCCUGAUGCCAAGUUUUAGGUCAGAGAUGUCUGAUGCUGAGAAUUAUGGGACUAUGUUUUGUACCGAAGUAAAUCUUUCUAAAAUCUUGCCAUUUCAUAGACUUUUCUGGUAAUUGUGACCUUUAGAUUUUCCUAACAGAUUUUGGAUUCACUUUUCAAUAUCGAAUGUUUUGUGUUUGUAUUAUGGCCUGGAUAGAAGUGUUUGUUUUGUUGACUGUCAAUAUUCAAUACGCUAUUUAAACGCAAUCGUGGAUUUGUCUUGAUAAUAUGCAAUUAAAAUGUCGAACGAAUGAAUGUGCGGUACCACCAGAUGUCUUUAUUGCUGAUAAAGGCAGAGUCUAACUGUCAAACGGGCAGAAUAACUCAUGCUUUUGUCACAAUUUGAGUCCAAAAUGAAGCUGUAUUUGAAUAUCGGAGAGAUGCUGGAUCAUCUGUGGUUUACAAAGCCAAGAAUCAGCAAGGGAGAGCAGAAAAGAGAGAGGGCUGAUUCUGAAUGACAGCGUCUCAAAGGGCUCUUUGUUUUCAUUAUAAAAGAGGCAUUAAUUAAGGGAGGGAACAAAACAAAACAAAUACAAAGCAGAAAAUCAUUACCACUGCCGUUACAUGAAAGAAGAACACAAGAACCCUCUG